GAAACUCGCUUAGAAACAACGUGAACCGCUAAAAUCUGCUGACAAGGCUGCCAUCUAGCGAACGUAUCGUAAACAGCAGAAAUGACGCGCAUGCGCGUGAAAUGUAAUGUCAUGUCAUAGUGUCAAGACUGAGGAAAAAUGUAAACAAACAAACACCAUUUCGUCUGUGUUUAAAAUGUAUAUCCUGAUACCAAAAUUUCACUGCCUUCUACCAAAGUUCCUCUUUGCUUCUACGCCUGUUGUGUACGCUCUGAUAGUUUUAAUUUUGCCGAGUUAUUCUCCGAAUUAUAUUCCCACAAUGUCGAGAUUUUGUUGUGUUCCCAAAUGCAUGAUGAAGAUUUGAGGGUUCUGGCUCCAACAAAGUGUUAUGGGAGUGAAAAAGGGAAAGAUAUUUCGAAAGCAACAGAAAGAACAGUUUCUCAAUCUAUUUAAGAAGAAUGUCAACCUUCAAGACAGGAAGAUUCUGAAGAAAUACAGUGGAAAUAUAUUCCAGAAGAAUCUCAACCUUGCUCAGUUCCGGCAACUCACAUAUCUAAGAAGAAAGGAGGGCCGAUUGAGGAGCAGAAACAUAGCUUUGAGGGAGAAAGUAAUGAUGUUGAAGAAAACCUUGGGUUGCCUCAACAAGGUGAACAGAACAACAUUCAAUUUUUUUAUGUCUCAACAAAUGAACCAAAAAUAAAAGAAGAGGGGUCGUCGAUACUCUCUUGAUGACAAAAAAAGGAGAUAGGUAUUAUCCUUUCAUGAUUCUAUUUAUCUCCUCAUAUUUAUUUCAAAUUUUAUAUAUAUUAUCAAUAUUGUAUUUAUUUAUUCUAUUGAAUUUAUAAAUCAGCUAAAUGAAUUGAUCUUGUACAUACAAUUUUCUACGUUUCAUAAAUUUAGAAAUUCCAAACAAUCUCAAGUACUGAAGGGAAAACCAAAUAGAUCCUUUACAGAUUGUUAUAUGUAAUUGGAGUCCCAUAGAGAAAACAGUAUAGAGCCUUUACAAUUUUGUUGUGAAACACAUGAAUUUACCUUAAGUUUGUUAUAUGUAUUCCCCAGUAUUACACACAUGUAUUUCUGAGUAUUAUUAUGCAAAGUUAUUGUCAUGUUCCAAGUAGAAAUGAAUAUUGUAUUGAAUAAAUUUUUUUUCAUAACA